UUUCGACACAGCCCCUCCUUGCUUUUCGCCUCCCUCUUCCUCCCCUCCUCUCUGCAUUUGGAGGCUGAUCUUGGGUAGAAAAAAAUCCCUGACAUUUGAGGCGCUCCAGGGAUUUAACGAGCAUGCUCAGUGGCUCGAGCCUACAUAGAGGAAACUGGUUUACAUACGAGUCAUACCAAGCAUAGCCUGCAUGUCAAUGCAGUUAACUUGCAGCGGGCUGUGAGGAGAACUGUCUCGUCUCUUUUGUCCCGAAACAAAUAUUUGUCUUUUCUUUUCAGAAGAUAUACUAAAGACAGUUUAUUUCAACAGUUCACCAAAACCGCGGAAAACGCACUGAAAUACAAAGUCUUCAGUCCUUGAAGGGUUGAAGUUUUUUGUUUUCUUUUUGUUUUGUAAAAAAAGUUAAAGGCUGGGCCUUUAGCUUAUAAGAGAACUGAUCUCCGUGCGCUCUGUCUCACUCUUUCGGGGGAAGGAAGCAAACAAGCUGGUCUUUUUGCUAGCCCAAUAAAUGCAUUUUACGACAAUGGACCUGUUAAACUUUCAGUACCUGGACAAAAUGAACAACAACAUUGGCAUUCUGCGCUAUGACGGUGAAGCAGCGUUAAGAGGUGAACCCAGAAUGCAGUCCAUCCCAAUGUCCUCUGCUAUCAGCAACCAUCGGACAGGCCCACCUCCCAUCAGCCCAAACAAGAGAAAGUACAACGGGGACCAAGGAGAGGAUGACGUGGACUGUGACAAUGAGCAUGUGUCCAAAAUGAGCAGAUUGUUUGCUGCACAACUACAGCCUGCCAAGUUUCAGAGGCCCAAGGCUUUCUUGUGGGAGGACGCUGGGCUGUCUUCAUGCUUCUUGGCAAUGAUUAAAGUGAGAGGAAAGCCUUCCAACGGGGAUUACCGCAAGGAUCACGGAGAUCGAAGCCCAGUUGAGAGAGUUGCAGCACCCACCAUGAGCAUCCAUCCCAAUCACAUGUAUGCACCCACCAUCCCCAGUCUGGCUAUGGAUCAACCAUUAGCACUGACCAAAAACAGCAUGGACGCAGCCAGGACAGUCGGCAUCUCGCCAACUGUGAGCCCCAUUGAACGGCAGCAGAAUCGACCAUCUGUAAUAACAUGUGCCUCAGCAAGCAACCGAAACUGCAACCUUUCUCACUGUCCCAUUACCCAUAGUGGCUGUGUCUCAGCCACAGCUUCCAAUUACAGGAGACCCUCCAACACUAACACUGCAUGUGACCCAGUGAUUGAGGAGCACUUCCGUCGGAGCCUUGGGAAGAACUACAAGGAGCCAGAACCGGUGACAAAUUCUGUUUCUAUUACCGGGUCUGUAGACGACCACUUCGCCAAAGCUCUGGGUGAAACAUGGCUUCAGAUCAAGGCUGCCAAGGAUGGUGUGUCAAGCAGCCCUGAGUCUGCUUCUAGGAGGGGCCAGUCCCCCCCUUCCUCCCACAUGGUCAACCACAAUCACUCCCCUUCAGUAGUCUCAUGAAGAGUGGACCACAAACCCUUCAACAGAGAAGAGUGACAUGCAUGGUUUGGCUGAGCUUCGUACUGUGCUUAAAAAAAGAAGGGAGGGGGGGAGGAUCUUUUUUUAAAACAUGCUCGCAUACAUUGCUUGGCAUUGCAGAAAUAAAAAGGUGCCCACAAUAAUGAAAACAAACAACUAGCAGGAACUAUUAAAUUAGGAGUUGUACCAUACAUCAUAGCAUCCUAAUCUCCUGCCUUACCAAAGAAACCUCUGAUGCAAAUCUGAUGCCCCUAUGAGAAAAAAAGCCAUGCUUUCAUUGGUAGACCCAAGUGCUUUCUUUUUUGUGUGCCUUUUUUUGUAGUUUCUUGAGUGUAGAAAUUGUUUGGUUUGCUUUCGUGAUUUUCUUCUGUUAUGUAAUGUUGUAUGUUUUUACUUGAAAAGAGUGGCCAGGUCUGAUUUGCACUAUUGGAAGAUGGGUAGGGGUUGCUUGUCAAAUUCACAUCAGACGUACUUGUUUUCUUUGUGCUUUGAGGGCAAACUGCUGACAAUAAUGGUUAGGUGAUGUUGCAUCGUUCUACACGAAGGCAAAACUAGCUUUUGCAAGGGAAAGUCUCAUACAGGUUAUAGACCUUUCUAUCUGUCUUUCUUUGGACUAGUUUGUAUGCUUGGUGCUCACAACUGGACUGCGUUAUUUUCUAAACGUGGGCAUUUAUUUACUUUUUCUACCUGUGUGCAGAACACUGCAGUUUGCUAGAAUAGAGGUUUGAAGGGUCAAUAGUGCUAACAAGAUGCAUGUUUUAAAUAGCUGGUAUCUAUUAAUGUAUAGACAUUAUGAAUCUUAAUACUAUUAGCUUUCUUUCAGAUUAGUUUAUGUUUGUCAGUAAUGGUCCUAGAUAAACUUACUGCUGGUACAGUUGUACUCCAAUAUUUUUAUUUUAUUUUAUAUUCAUUAUGGUAGAAACCAGCAACAGAGGACAGCCUCCGGACAGGCCUUCUAUAUAAACAGUUACAGCUAUAUAAUGUUAAUCCGUGGUACAGGAUGCUAUAGCUUUGUGCAUGACUGAGUAAAAUAAAGUAAUCCUUAACAAUGGCAGCCCAGUCUGCCUACAAGUGGACAUACUCCCUAAAAACAUGUCUGUGCAAUCAAACUGUUUAAAAAGUUACAACUGCUACCUUACAAACAUCUUGGCUACGUAGCAGAUUUUUUACAGCUUGUGAAAUUCUUUUCUUUUUUUUAAACUUAUCGACCUGUGCCAAGGCAGCAUACAUUCCUCCAUUAGAGAACUUUGUACAGGUAUUACAUUACUUUAUAUUAUUUGUUCUAUAUUGAUAGCUACUAACUAGAAAUUAGGAUGAUAGUCAUAAAUAACACAGUUGUGCUUUUGCUGAACAACUUCUCAUCUUACAUUUGUGUCUUUUCUACAAGUCAUACAUACGCCCAUGCAUUCCGUCAUCCCAGUUCAGUUUAUUGGGGCUUUUAAACAGUUUCCUUGUAAAGUGCUAAAUUUUAUUUGUUAAAAAAAAAAAAAUAGGUAACUAGUUGCGAGACAGCUGUAAAAUAAUUGUGAUAUACAGUAUAGUCUUUACAUAUUCUAAAGUACAAUGCAGAAUACUUUGAUACUGUAAAUUAAAACAAACAUCUUGAAGAAAAAAAAAGACACAAAAUGAGUUGACCCACAGGUUUUUUCUGUUGGAAAUUGUUUUCUCUCUAUUGAAUACUGGGAAAGAAAGUUAUUUUAAGAAGCUAUCACAUAUACAUUUCACUACCAUUUUAUUUGGUAUUUCAUAUUCUCUUCUGCUUUGGCACUCAGUACCCUACUCCCUGUAGGAAAAUCACUAAAUAUACACUUUUUUAUAUAGUAACUUUAAGACCAUCAUUACGCUGUGCGUAAAGAAUGUACAGAAAAAAAUCUGUAGGUAUUUUUUGAGGAACAAUUAAUUUGUUAAUGAUAUGUAGCUAUUUAAUUUUCCCUGUCCUUUUAUUGUAAUCAUGCAGGUUUGUUUUUUGUUUGGAGAAAAAAGUUGAUCUUUUUUUUUUUUUUUUUUUUUUUUUUUUUUUUAGAUUUGUCUGUAAUAAGGUUAAAAAAAAAAAGUGCAGGAACACAGUUAUUCUAUGAGAACACUGCAUUAGCAUUAAUAGCCCCUAGUUUAUUACUGCUAAAGGCUACUGAGCAUUGUAACAGUAGAAUAUUAAACACUGAAGAUGCUGUUCUAUGGACUGUUGCCUUUUGUGUAUGAGACAACUGAACAAAAAUAUUCACACAUUUUGAGAUUUACCUGUCUGAGAUAGGUAACUAUCACAUUGAGAUCACCACACUUACCUGGUCUGUCUGGGAUUAAUUAUUAUACUUUUAUUUAAAAUAACUGAACCCCACAGCCAGGCAGGUGUGCUUCUUGGAAAACUAAACUCAAACACCAAACCGUUUAGAAAUUGUGUUCACAUGGAAGAUGCAUCUACAGUGUACUUCUAAAUAUCCUAAACUGUUUGUAAUUCUGUAUUAUAUCCCUCCCUUUGUGGCCUUGUUUCUCCUGAAAAAAAGGUUUUGGCAGGCCACCUUUUUUGUACUUAAAAGUAGCCUCAAUGAACAAUAAAGUGCUCUUAAACCACCA